AUGCCACCCCUCACCAGCCUGCCUCGUGACAGUGUGCCCAGUCCUCGACCAACUCCAAAUGCACCCGUCCACAGACCUGCUGACCCCUGCUUGACUGCCGAUCUGCCAACAUGCGAAGUCAUGCCGGUCGCAUUUCUCCUGCAGGCCGGCAGUGGACGAAAGAAAUGCAGAGUGAAAGCAACACUGAAAGUGGACCUGCUGACACCUCAGAGCGAGACACUGAUAAAAAGGGCAGUCUCCCUUCCUUCUCCACUCUCAGAAGCAAGUGGCAAAGGCUACUCAGGAGCUCAGAAGCUGCUGGCAUCGCAGGCACCUCGGGACGCAACGCUGACAAGAACCAUGGGCGAUAACGCUGGGACUGAUCUGAAGGUCACUGGGAUUGACUUUCUCAAGAGCCAGAACUGCCGCUUGCACCACACGGAUGCGUACAACAUCAAGAAGCUGGUGGUGCGGCGCGGACAAGCCUUUAAUAUCCAGCUUGCCUUCAGCAGGGAGCUGAUGGCCACUGACAAGCUGACGCUGCGUUUCGGCAUCGGUGAAAAGCCGAUGAAAAUCAGGGGGACCCUGAUGUCGCUGAACCCGAGGCGUGAGCCAGACCUCAGCGGGUGGCAAAUCUCCAUUGUCAAGCACAGCGGCAAAGAGUGCCUGCUGUCUGUCACCAGCUCGCCCUGGGCCCCAGUGGGAAAAUACACCCUGAACGUGAAGACUGGGACUAACAUUUACAAGCCCGAAGACGGUGCCGUCUACCUUUUGUUCAAUCCUUGGUGCGAAGGUGAUAGCGUCUUCCUGGCUGAUGAGGCACAGAGAAACGAGUACGUGCUCAACGAUACAGGCUACAUCUAUGUUGGGUCUGCAUACAGCAUAUACAAUAGACCCUGGAAUUUCGGGCAGUUUGAGGAAUUAAUUUUGGACACUUGCAUGGAUCUGCUGGACAAAAGUAAACUCAAGCUGAGCAACAGAAAGGAUCCUGUGAUGGUGUCCAGAGCCAUGUCUGCUUUGGUUAAUGCCAAUGAUGACAGCGGUGUCCUGCUGGGGAACUGGUCAGGGAAUUACAUCAACGGGACCUCCCCUAUGGAUUGGAUCGGGAGCGUCGCGAUUCUGCAGCAGUAUUACAAAACGAAGAAGCCAGUCUUUUAUGGUCAAUGUUGGGUCUUUGCAGGAGUCCUCACUACAGUCAUGCGCUGCUUGGGGAUCCCAUCCCGGUGUGUCAGUAACUUUGACUCGGCACACGAUACGAAUGACAACCUGACAGUCGACAUUUACAUGAACGAAUUUGGAGAAAAGCUGAACUCGCUGUCCUUCGACUCUAUCUGGAACUUCCACGUGUGGAACGACGUCUGGAUGAAGCGGACGGACCUGCCUGCAGGGUUUGAUGGCUGGCAGGCAAUCGAUGCAACCCCUCAGGAACAAAGUCAAGGUAUUUUCCAGUGUGGUCCAUGCCCGGUGAAGGGUGUCCGAGAAGGGGAUGUGUAUUUGCCCUUCGACAGCAAGUUUGUGUAUGCGGAAGUGAACGCUGACAAAGUCUAUUGGCUCGUCAAGAAGGUGAACGGCAAGGAUAAGCACUUCAAGAUUAGCACGGAGACCCAAGGCGUUGGCGUGAACAUCAGCACAAAAGCCGUGGGGCAGGACAAGCGGGAAGACAUCACCUCGCAGUACAAGUUCCCUGAAGGCUCCAAAGAGGAAAGGGAGUCGGUAUGGAGAGCUUCCUCCUUCCUACACCCUUUAGGAAUAGUACCUCGUGCACGCUUCAGUUCAACUGUGCCCAUGGAUGCCGGCUACCCCAAGCCUGGGGUCUCACAGGAGACAGUCUCCAAGAGUGGGCUCCAGAUUGAGAUAACCAAUAAAGAAGCCUUGUGUCCUGGCAAUCCCCUUGAACUGGCCAUCACAGUGAAGACCUCUACUCCUGGGAACUGGACCAUCAAUCUUGCUGGCUCCUGCCAGCUGCAGUCCUAUACUGGGAAAGUUGAGGCCAGCCUUGGACAUGUCAAGGAGACCAUCAAGCUUGAUGGCAAAUCUGAGACACAGGUCCCUCUGAAAAUUGCAGCUGACACGUACAUGAAGACACUGGCCUCGGUGGAAGACGAAGUGCUCAUCCACGUCACCGGCAUUGCCGAGAUCCAGGACACGAAUGACAAACUCACCAAGGAGACGACGAUGAGAUUUGAGUACCCCCCCAUCACUAUCCAGAUGCCAGAAACGGCCAAACUGAACAAGGAGUUCACCUGUGCCUUCAUCUUCAAGAACAAGCUGAAUGUGCCCCUGGACAACUGCAAGCUGCUGGUGGAAGGCUUGGGCAUAUUUAAGAUGGCAACGUUUGAUGAGGGGGAUGUAAAGCCUGGUAGGAUCAUUAAAUCUGAAAUAAUAUGCACGCCGACAAGAUUAGGAGAGAAGAAGAUGGUAGCCAAGCUGACUUCAACCCAGGUCAAAGGGAUCUCUGCGGAGAAGGCCAUCACCAUCGUUGAGUAG